GUGGAGAAGAAGAUGAAACCGGCGAGGAAGGCCGCCCCCUCCUCUUCCUCCUCAGGCAGCAGUAGCAGCAAUAGCAGCAGUCGCUCUCCGCCCUCGACGCGGGCCAAGGCCCAGAAGCGCAGGACGGCCGCGGAAGGCGAGGAGCCCCGGCCGGAGGAAGAGGUGGAGCCGGCGGAGGAUCCGGACACAAAGCGGUCCCUGACCUUUGUGGAGAUGUCGGGGGCCCAGGGCGACCCCUACGCACUGCCCCCCGAGUCGGAGAUGGACAUGGGGCCCGAGGCGGGCGGGGCCGAGGCCUCCCUGAACCGCAAGACAGCCGCCUUCAAGGCCCGCGUUCCUUGCAGGAAGCAGCCCCUGGGGGGAGGAGGAGGAGAGGGAGAGGAGCCCGGCGAAGGGGUGUCGGGAGCCUCAUCGUCGGGGACCCCUCUCCCGGAGGAAGCCCCCCGGCGCUGCCCCUCCUCCAGCACGGACACGGCCAGUGAGCACUCAGCCGACGAGACCGAGAGGGGUCCAGGGGACGCCUGGGGGGCCCGCUUCCGGGGGGGCUUCGACCUGCGACAGCUGCGCUCCCAGCGGGUGUUGGCCCGACGCGAGGGUCUCUUCCUCCCGGCUGUGGUCAAGCAGGUCCGGCGUGGGCAGGGCCUGGGGGUGCAGUUCCUGGGGGACCGGGCCACGGCCUUCUACGAGGGGGCCCCGGGCUCCGUGGAGGUGGUCUUGGACGAUGUCCCUCCGCCGGGUGCCCUGACCGUGGGCACCGUGGUGUGUGCCUGCGUGGGCCCCGAAGAGGAGGCUACCGCCGCCUACCGAGAGGGCACCGUGGUCGAGGUCAGCACCAAGCCGGCCUCCUACAAAGUGCGCUUCACCGGACCCAUCAUCCUCCCAGGGCCAGGGGGGGCCACGUCCACGCGGAAGGACUCGUCCUGGCUGCCCCGCUCUGCCUUGCGCCUCCUGCGGCCGCCCUGGAGCUGUGAGGGGGAGGGGGAACCCCCUGAAAGGCCUCCCCCGUCAGUGCGGGAAGAGGAGGAGGAGGAGGGGGUGCCGCCGCUGCCGCCGUUGUCCCUCCCUUGCCCUGAGGCGAAGCACCCAGAGGAUGCGGAGGUCUCCAAGAUCAGCGCCGGUGUGAGGGCCGUGGAGGAGAAGCUGGUGUCGGCGGUGCUGCCCCCGCAGGUGGUCUCCCCGCCCAAGUCGCCGCCCUUCCCACGCCUUCUGCCCGAGGGGCCCUCCCCGCUCCUGAGCCCCGAGGCCGGCAGCGGGAGCCGCAGCAGCAGCGUGGUCUCGGUGGACAAGUGCAGCACGCCGGGCUCCUCACGGUCGCGCACCCCGCUGACGGCGGCGCAGCAGAAGUACAAGAAGGGGGACGUGGUCUGCACCCCGAACGGGAUCCGCAAGAAGUUCAACGGGAAGCAGUGGCGGCGGCUGUGCUCCCGCGAGGGCUGCAUGAAGGAGUCCCAGCGGCGCGGCUACUGCUCCCGGCACCUCUCCAUGCGCACCAAGGAGAUGGAGAGCCUCUCGGAGGGCCGGGCCAGCGGGCUGCGGGAGGGCAGCGCCGAAUUUGACUGGGAUGAGACCUCCCGGGACAGCGAGGCCUCCAGCGCCCGGGGGGACUCCCGCCCCCGCCUGGUGGCCCCCGCCGACCUCUCCCGCUUUGAGUUCGACGAGUGCGAGGCGGCUGUCAUGCUGGUCUCGCUGGGCAGCUCCCGCUCGGGGACCCCCUCCUUCUCGCCCGUCUCCAACCAGUCGCCCUUCUCCCCGGCCCCCUCCCCGUCGCCCUCCCCGCUCUUCGGCUUCCGCCCGGCCAACUUCAGCCCCAUCAACGCCUCCCCGGUCAUCCAGAGGGCGGCCGCCGCCCGCAGCCGCCACGUCAGCGCCAGCACCCCCAAGGGCGCCGUCCUGAGCCCCGAGAUGCUGCACCACGGCGCCUCCUCGGCCUCCUCGGCCUCCCGCGAGCGGCACCACUCCGGCAUCGCCGCCUUCCCCACCAACCUGACCUUCACGGUGCCCAUGAGCCCCAGCAAGCGCAAGGCUGCCGAGGCCCACCACGGGACGAUGAUGGGCCCCGGCGUGGGCGUCAUGGGUGUCAUGGGCCCCGGCUCUGCGGCCGACUUUCACAAGAGUGACAGCCUGGACUCAGGGGUGGACUCCGUCUCACACACGCCCACCCCUUCCACGCCGGCUGGCUUCCGGUCCGUCUCCCCGGCCGCGGGGGGGCCCUUCUCGGCCGCCGCCUCCCGCUCCCAGCAGGCCUCCCCGCUGCUGCUGGUGCCGCCCCCGGCCAGCCUGACCUGCGACCCGGGCCCUAGCGUGCGCAGGGUGCCCGCCGUCCAGAGGGACUCCCCGGUCAUCGUGCGCAACCCGGACGUGCCGCUCCUGCUGCCGCCCUCCAAGUUCACGGAGAAGCCCCUGCGGGAGGGCGGCCCCCGGGCGGGGAAGGCCGCCCCCAAGGAGCUGCUGGCCGGAAAGGGGCAGCUGCAGGCGCCGGUGCCCAUCAACGCGGGCCGGGCACUGCCCUCCGGCCAGCCCUCCUCCGCCCCCGAGCAGGCCCAGCCGCCGCCACCCUGCCCCUUCCAGCCUGUGGCCUUCCACCCCUCGCCCGCCGCCCUGCUCCCGGUCAUCGUCCCCGGGGAGUACACCAGCCACCCGGCCCCCAAGAAGGAGAUCAUCAUGGGACGCCCCGGCACCGGUAAGUGCCCCCUCCUGCGCCGCCUGUGCCUCUCGCCAUGUCCUCCGUGUCCACUGAGCUCAUGA